CCCAAACACAGUCAGAUGCGAGCCCUAUAAGGAGGAGGAGGAUACUAUGUAUAGAGCAGUCUGCCUUGUGGCGGAGAGAGGGAAUGCACGAUACAGGCUGAUGGGGAAGAGGAAGGGGAUGAUGGUAUGGACUAGUACGGAACGUGACAGGGAUCGGCACGACCAUCUUCAGCCGCAGUCGAGGAGCGAUGAAGAUAGGCCCGAUGGGUUGUCAGGCUAGACAAGGCUGCCCACGGUUCUUCUUCUUGGUUUGAUGAAGACCGGUAUAUUGGAUGGAGGGGGAGGAACUGGGAGAUUAUGGAGCCUGGUGGGUUGAUGGGCUGAGACUUGAGUAUGGGGGUUAACGGUUACCCCGUUCAGUCAGGAGUUUGGUUGAGG